AUGGCCGACGGCGAAGAGAGGCGAGCCAAAGCUGAGGGGCUCAUUACAGACCCUCCAGUCCAGAGCUGGACUUAUGAUUAUUUAUGGGGCGAAAAACACACGUCAAACGGCACACCAAAGGCCAAACGCCACACGCCACAUGACAAACGCCACACGCCACAUGACAAACGCCACACGCCACAUGACAAACGCCACACGCCACAUGACAAACGCCACACGCCACAUGACAAACGCCACACGCCACAUGACAAACGCCACACGCCACAUGACAAACGCCACACGCCACAUGACAAACGCCACACGCCACAUGACAAACGCCACACGCCACAUGACAAAUGCCACACGCCACAUGACAAAUGCCACACGCCACAUGACAAACGCCACACGCCACAUGACAAAUGCCACACGCCACAUGACAAACGCCACACGCCACAUGACAAACGCCACACGCCACAUGACAAACGCCACACGCCACAUGACAAACGCCACACGCCACAUGACAAAUGCCACACGCCACAUGACAAACGCCACACGCCACAUGACAAAUGCCACACGCCACAUGACAAACGCCACACGCCACAUGACAAACGCCACACGCCACAUGACAAACGCCACACGCCACAUGACAAAUGCCACACGCCACAUGACAAACGCCACACGCCACAUGACAAAUGCCACACGCCACAUGACAAACGCCACACGCCACAUGACAAACGCCACACGCCACAUGACAAACGCCACACGCCACAUGACAAAUGCCACACGCCACAUGACAAACGCCACACGCCACAUGACAAACGCCACACGCCACAUGACAAAUGCCACACGCCACAUGACAAACGCCACACGCCACAUGACAAACGCCACACGCCACAUGACAAAUGCCACACGCCACAUGACAAACGCCACACGCCACAUGACAAACGCCACACGCCACAUGACAAACGCCACACGCCACAUGACAAACGCCACACGCCACAUGACAAACGCCACACGCCACAUGACAAAUGCCACACGCCACAUGACAAACGCCACACGCCACAUGACAAACGCCACACGCCACAUGACAAACGCCACACGCCACAUGACAAACGCCACACGCCACAUGACAAACGCCACACGCCACAUGACAAACGCCACACGCCACAUGACAAACGCCACACGCCACAUGACAAACGCCACACGCCACAUGACAAAUGCCACACGCCACAUGACAAACGCCACACGCCACAUGACAAACGCCACACGCCACAUGACAAAUGCCACACGCCACAUGACAAACGCCACACGCCACAUGACAAAUGCCACACGCCACAUGACAAACGCUAA